CGUCCCUGGGAUGCUCAGCUCUGAGCGCAGCGCUACAGCCGAGCCGCUCCGACCCAGCGGGGUGUAUUUCGGGAGGAAGUUCUCAUCUCUGAAGGUGCCCUUGGACAGAUGAGUGAGAAAGUAAUGAACGGGCGGGUGCCCCUGCCUGAAAAAGCCUUGUCUGAGGGCUACGCAAGGCUGCGGUACCGGGACACCUCGCUGCUCAUCUGGCAGCAGCAGCAGCAGAAGUUGGAGUCGGCCCCCCCCAACACGUAUCUGAGCCGCAGCCGCAGCAUGUGGUACUCGCAGUACGGCAAUGAAGCCAUCCUGGUGCGGGACAAGAACAAGCUGGACGUCUCCAGGGACACGGGGCAGUCCAAGUUCUGUGCUAUCAUGUAAUUUUGUGUCAGAAAUCUGCACGUGGAUGCGAAGCAGGUUUGCACAACCACAGGGCUGCGGCCAAAGCAGCGCAAGGGAUGGGUCUGAGCGGCAGCCAGAGGUUUCUGUUGCUUUGUGCUGUCGGUGGCAUCCCAUGUUGGGUUGGAAACUUGCUUGGGAUGUGAGAGCUGGCAGUGCCCAACUGGACCACGUGGAUGGAGCACGUUGAGAACUCAGCCUUCCAAACACUUAGCAGGAAAGGCGCGCUGCAGUUUCCCAGCAAAGUGCCCUGUCUGGUGCCAGUUUGGUGCUACAGAAACAAAUGACAGGUGGCACUUUUGGAGCUGAUGCAGCAGAGCCCCUCUGUAGGAAGAAAGCAGCACGCAGCUCCUGGAGGGCGCUCGCUGGGUGCUGCCUGCAGGCAGAGGUGGGCUGCAGAAGGAAGCAGCCUGCUGAAGGUUGCUCAGCAUUUCAGUUUUGUUGCAUGUAGUCGUUUGGAUGGAUUUAUGUGCUAAUCCUGGUUGGAUGACAUCUCUUGUAGUAGAUUUGGUGUGUACAUAACUGUGUUUGGCAGUGUUUGAUUCAGCCAAUGGAAGGCAAGGUCAGGCUGAGAACCACAGAAUCACAGAAUGGCCAGGGUUGGAAGGG